AUGUUCUGUUUAGUCCACUUGUGCUUCUAUUUGGCUAACUUUGCCUCUUCAAUUAAAAGGACACGUGCUGUUAAUGGGUGCUGUGGAUUACAGGCGAUCACGCUCUGGGCACAGUCCUCUGGAAAUGCAGAUGCCUGUGUGGAGGAAAUUGUGGCGGGAGAGGAGCGGCGACUCGCUGCUGUGCUUGGAUCUCAAGGCAUGAGAUUCUGGGUGUGCCUCGCAGCCUGUGGAGCCACAUGGGGCCUUGCUGCCAGACGAGGACGGGCUGAAGACAGCAGCUCCUCUUCAGUGGACGCCUCCAAGUUCCCAUGGAGGGGUGGGGAGCAUCGCACCACCAUGAUGCCUUGUCUGCUGAGGGUGGGACUUUUCAGGCCCUGUCAUGUGAGACCCACGGGGGCUCCUUCCUGCGAUUUGCGGCCUCCACAACUCGGCUUCUCCAGAGUGCCAGAUACACAGGUGGCAUUUUAUGGCAGUGGUCACUGGGACCCAACUCCCUUCUCUGUACACAGCUGUUUUUUUAAUUUCCAGGUCAGAAAAAUUAUCCUCCUACUUUGAACUCUUUCUCCCUUUUGCCAAAAAUGUUUUUCUCUUACAAUGCAGAAGCAGAACGCAGCUCCUGCUCCUGAAAUACUGGAUGGAUGGGUGUUUCAGAGGGUAUUGUGAGGCUUGGAGCUCCAGCCAGUGACAUUCCAGCCACAUCCUUCUCUCCUGGCUCCACUUCACAGAGGCUGCUGUGUCUCUGGACUACACCUCAGAGCUAAUCUGCUUUCUGGAAGGGUCGUGUUUAUUUCUGCUGGUGCUGUGCAUGUAGGAGACAGCUGUGGCCAGCCCUAUUUUCCUGGGGAGGUGGCAGAGGCGGUACCAUGAGCAAGGGAUGCAGAUGCUCAAGGGGGGACCAGUCAGGGGACAUGGGAAGGGUUUGGCCUCUCCAGCCAGGGGCUCGCCGCCUCCGUGGUAUAAACAUCCAUGUGAACAAAAAAGUUCUAACAAGUACCAGCAUACUGAGAAUAUUUUAAACCACAACUAUCGUGGAAAAUCUGGGAGGGUGGUUCCUAGGUCCAGGGUGGAAAAGUAGCUGAAAACCUGGUAGGGUUUGAAGAACAAUCAGAGGCGGCUUUCCACUUCUGAGAACAGUUCCUGUGAGUCACCUGAUGUUGUUCUAGAUUAAUUCUAUCAGUGUUGGUCAACCCGGCUGCGGGUACUUGAUUUCCUCUAAAAGCUCUGGAUAACAGAAGCAGAGCUGUGAAGACAGUUAAGUUGAAUAAAAUGCUUCCAUUUAAAAGAAUAGGGCUUUUCCUUGAAAUGGCCCAAUGGAUCGACCAUUUCCUCUCAUUUAUUAUUAUCAUCUCCAUUCUCAUGCAUGCUAUUUAGACAAGGAAGGCUGGAAGCAAGUGACAGGUGUGGCAGUGUGCAGCAGCAAGGCCUCUGCACCUGGCCCGUCGGGAGGGCCGGUACGCAGCCUGACUACUGAGUGCCUUCUGCCUUAUUCCUCUCCAGAGACCCUCAACUUACAACAGAGACCCAGGAGCUGGGAGAUGACUGAAUGUGUUACAUGACACAGAAGGACUAACCCAUAAACAUGAGCGUGAAUGUCUUUUGUUGGGGGACUAAGGAGAUGACACUGAAAAGGAGAAUCACAAGCCAAGUGCCAUAAGCAGACCACAUUCCCCUGCAAGCUGCCCUGCUAGGCUUUGUCCCAAAUCAAAGAAAAAGGGAGAAUGUCUUAAUAUUCUCACAGAUUUGUAACCACUUCACUGGGGUAAGUUUUCCUUUGUAUAGAUGACAGAUUAUCCUUCUAAGCUGCAAGCUGAUAAAUGAGAAGCUAAGUAUAAAAUGUCUAGAACUAAGGUAGAUGAAGAUGUCUAUAUGUGCACUGGGUGUCACUUGUAUACCGGCCUGUGUUAUUAAGGGCACAAAGGUUGUGUGGGGCUGUGUAAACUAUAGAUAUUAGGAAUAC